CGUGUAUCUUUCUCUUCCUUACUUGUAGCCAACUUGAAUUUUUUCUUCAACAUGUUCAUCAUUAACUGGUUCUGGGACGUCCUUGCUCAACUGGGUUUGCUGCAUAAGAAUGCCAAAAUUCUGUUUCUUGGUCUCGACAAUGCAGGAAAGACGACUUUGCUGCACAUGCUCAAGAACGACAGAUUAGCUACGCUCCAGCCCACUUUGCAUCCAACUUCCGAGGAGCUGGCCAUUGGAAACGUCAAAUUCACCACUUACGAUUUGGGAGGACAUUUGCAAGCUCGUCGUCUCUGGAGGGAUUAUUUCCCUGAGGUUGAUGCUAUCGUAUUCUUAGUAGACAGUGCCGACUUUGAGCGGUUCCCUGAAUCCAAAGCAGAACUUGACGCUCUCCUUGCUAUCGAGGAAUUGUCCAAGGUCCCCUUCCUUAUCCUCGGAAAUAAGAUUGACGCACAAGGCGCCGUCAGUGAGGAGGAACUGAGGCAUCAUUUGGGUCUAUGGCAGACCACUGGAAAGGGCAAAGUUCCGCUCACCGACAUUCGACCCAUCGAAAUUUUCAUGUGUUCGGUUGUUCAAAGACAGGGUUACGGGGACGGUUUCCGAUGGGUAUCACAAUACAUCUAGAACUUCUGCCAUUUAUAUAAUGCCAUUUGUUCUCUACCUCAUAGAUCCCCGACUGAAACGGUCUGAAGCGCUGGGUCGUAGCAUAGUUUUUGUAUGAUGUUCGGAUACUUGAUUGCCUGUGUGAUCCUUUCUUCCUACUAAUCAAUUAUGACU